UCCUUGCUCUCGCGGCCGCCGCCGGGAACGGACGCAGAGGAGGCAGCGGGUCGCGUGACCUUCCCGAGCCCCCCGCGUCCCCGGCCAGGGGGCGGGGGCGGCCCCGGGGAGGGGCGGGGCGGGGGCGGGGGGAAGAAAGGGGGUUUUGUGCGGCGCCCGGCGGCCCGGCGCCCUCUUCCGAACGUUCUGCGGGCCCGGCCUCUCCCUGCGCCCGCGCAGUUCCCGCCGCAGUCGCCUGCAGCCGCAGGACCGAGCGUGGACCCGAAGGAGAGCCCGGAGGAGAGCCCGGAGGAGAGCCCGGAGGAGGCGGCAAACCCGGCGGUGCCGCCCCCUCGCCCCGGGCCCCCGCAGCCUGUAGUCCCUCCACCAGCCUGAGCAUGGCCCCACGGUUCCUGCCCCUGCUGGCAGCUCUGGCCCUGGCCCAGGGCCCUGUGGCCUUAGCUGAUGCCCUGGAGGGGGACAGCUCAGAGGACCGGGCCUUCCGCGUGCGCAUCGCUGGCGAUGCGCCACUGCAGGGCGUGCUGGGCGGUGCCCUCACCAUCCCGUGCCACGUCCACUACCUGCGGCCGCCGCUGGGCCGCCGGGCCGUGCUGGGCUCCCCGAGGGUCAAGUGGACCUUCCUGUCCGGGGGCCGCGAGGCCGAGGUGCUGGUGGCACGGGGGCUGCGUGUCAAGGUGAGCGAGGCCUACCGGUUCCGCGUGGCGCUGCCGGCCUACCCGGCGUCGCUCACCGACGUGUCCCUGGUGCUGAGCGAGCUGCGGCCCAACGACUCGGGCAUCUACCGCUGCGAAGUCCAGCACGGCAUAGACGACAGCAGCGACGCAGUGGAGGUCAAGGUCAAAGGGGUCGUCUUUCUCUACCGGGAAGGCUCUGCCCGCUAUGCUUUCUCCUUUACGGGGGCCCAGGAGGCCUGUGCCCGCAUCGGAGCCCGCAUCGCCACCCCGGAGCAGCUCUAUGCCGCCUACCUCGGAGGCUAUGAGCAGUGUGACGCUGGCUGGCUGUCCGACCAGACCGUGAGGUAUCCCAUCCAGACCCCACGAGAAGCCUGUUAUGGAGACAUGGAUGGCUUCCCCGGGGUCCGGAACUAUGGAGUGGUGGACCCGGACGACCUCUAUGAUGUCUACUGCUAUGCCGAAGACCUAAAUGGAGAGCUGUUCCUGGGUGCCCCUCCAGACAAGCUGACGCUGGAGGAGGCACGGGCGUACUGCCGGGAGCGGGGUGCGGAGAUCGCCACCACCGGCCAGCUAUACGCCGCCUGGGAUGGCGGCCUGGACCGCUGCAGCCCGGGCUGGCUGGCCGAUGGCAGUGUCCGCUACCCCAUCGUCACGCCCAGCCAGCGCUGCGGGGGUGGCCUGCCUGGUGUCAAGACGCUCUUCCUCUUCCCCAACCAGACCGGCUUUCCCGACAAGCACAGCCGCUUCAGCGUCUACUGCUUCCGAGACUCUGCCCGGCCGUCUGCCAUGCCUGAGGCGUUGGACCCAGCGUCAGACCCAGUCUCUGAUGGGCUGGAGGCCAUUGUCACGGUGACAGAGACCCUGGAGGAACUCCAGCUGCCUCAGGAGGCUGUGGAGAGCGAGUCCCGGGGAGCCAUCUACUCCAUCCCCAUCGUGGAGGAUGGAGGGGGUGGAACCUCCACUCCAGAAGACCCUGCAGAGCCCCCGAGGACCCUCCUUGAAUUCGAAACGCCAUCCAUUGUCCCUCCCCUGGGGUCCUCCGAAGAGGAAGACAAGGCUUUGGAGGAAGAAGAGAAAUACACAGAUGAAGAGGAAGAAGACGAGGAAGAGGAGGAGGUGGAAGAUGAGGCCCUGUGGGCCUGGCACAGUGAGAUCAGCAGCCCAGACCCAGAGACUCUUCUCCCCACGGAGCCAGCCCUAGAGGAAUCGCUCUCCCGUGCCUCCCCCCCACCAGCGAGUGCAGUCCUACAGCCUGCUGCAUCACCACACCCCGACGGAGAGCCAGAGGCUCCCAGGCCUCCGAGGGUCCUUGGACCACCCACUGAGACUCUACCCACUCCCAGGAAUGGGAAACUGACAGCCCUGCCACCUUCCACUCCAGCCGGGGAGAGAGAGGUGGGGGAGGAGGCUGGUGGUCCUGAGCUGUCUGGGGUCCCUCGAGGAGAGAGUGAGGAGGCAGGGAGCUCUGAGGAUACCCCUGCCCUGCUUCCAGCCACACGGGCCCCUGAGGGUGCCAGGGAACUGGAGGCCCCCUCUGAAGAGAAUUCUGGAAGAACUGUCCCAGCAGGGACCUCAGUGCGGGUGCAGCCAGUGCUGCCCACUGACAGCGCCAGCCGAGGUGGAGUGGCCGUGGCCCCCUCAUCAGGUGACUGUGUCCCCAGCCCCUGCCACAAUGGUGGGACGUGCUUGGAGGAGGAGGAGGGGGUCCGCUGCCUGUGUUUGCCUGGCUAUGGGGGGGACCUGUGUGAUGUUGGCCUCCGCUUCUGCAGCCCUGGCUGGGACGCCUUCCAGGGGGCCUGCUACAAGCACUUCUCCACGCGGAGGAGCUGGGAGGAGGCGGAGACCCAGUGCCGGCUGCUCGGCGCGCACCUGGCCAGCAUCAGCACGCCCGAGGAGCAGGACUUCAUCAACAGUCGAUACCGCGAGUACCAGUGGAUCGGGCUCAACGACCGGACCAUCGAAGGCGAUUUCCUGUGGUCAGAUGGCGUCCCCCUGCUCUACGAGAACUGGAACCCCGGGCAGCCUGACAGCUACUUCCUGUCUGGAGAGAACUGCGUGGUCAUGGUGUGGCAUGAUCAGGGACAAUGGAGUGAUGUACCCUGCAAUUACCACCUGUCCUACACCUGCAAGAUGGGGCUGGUGUCCUGUGGGCCUCCACCAGAGCUGCCCCUGGCCCAAGUGUUUGGCCGCCCACGGCUGCGCUAUGAAGUAGACACGGUGCUUCGUUACCGGUGCCGGGAGGGGCUGACUCAGCGCAACCUGCCACUGAUCCGCUGCCAGGAGAAUGGCCGUUGGGAGCCUCCCCAGAUCUCCUGUGUGCCCAGGAGGCCUGCUCGAGCUCUGCACUCACUGAAGGCUCCAGAAGGACAUCAAGGAGGGCUCCUGGGACGCUGGAAGGCACUGCUGACCCCUCCUUCCAGUCCUGCUCCGGGUUCCUAGAGAGGGAGGCCUUCAACACAGCUGCCCCCAGCACUGCCCCCCCCCCACCCUCUUCCCAUCACAGGAAGUGACAACAGGAGAGGAGUGGGGUUGGAGUCCGGGUGAUAGUGACUGAGGGGUUUGUGGGCAGUACCUGGGCAGCCCCCUCUCACCCCUACCAUGGGCAUCAGGUCACCCCUCCUCCGAGGGCCUCAAGGAAGUCCCUAAGUGCCUCAACUGCCCUCUCCUUGCCAGCCAUCCUGUCCCGUCCGUUCCCCUGGGUGGCACCUGGUCCGCUCACUCUCAUGUUUCCCAGGGAAUGGGUUUGCAGGAUGGAUUACUGUGUAACCAGCAGGAAAUAAAGCCACUUUGGAGCACAGGCAAGUUUGA